AUGCAAACUCGAGGCGUGGCAGCUCUAGCGGCGACAGCACCAGUGGCUGGUUCUGCCUCGCCAGUCGCUGCGGAGGAAGCAGCGCCGAAUGCUUCUUCUUCCGUUCUGAGUGGGGGUGCAGAAACUGUCGGUGAUGCCCGCGCCAACAGCCGAACUCACUCCAGCAGUCACAGCACCAGCGAUGGGUGCAGCAGUAACUUUGACAUGCAAACACUGUACAGACACCACUGGGCAGUGCCAGUUGUUGGCUUCAACACACGUUUGGUGUUGCCAGUUCACUCUUUUGAAGCCUGGGAAGGCGAAGAAAGGCAGCCCCCUGAAUUGAUCGAGGUUCCCUCAGAAGUGUUUGGUCAGCCCUUACGUCCAGACAUUUUGCACCAGGUGUACUGGCAUACGCGGCGAGCGAUUGCGGGAUGGACUGAACGCAUGCAAUUAUACAAGUGGGAGUGGCCAGGGAGCAGCCGCAAGGUUCGUCCCCAGACGGUCAAGACGGGGAUGGCGAGGAUGGGCUGGCGCAAGGCUUGCGGCAAGUACUUGGGUGUACAGACACACCCGCUAAGACCUCAUGAUCAGCGCAACAAGUGCAACAAGCGACUGCUGUGGCGAGGAGUGGAGCAGGCGCUGUCUGCGAAAUUCGCGCAAGAACAACUCGUUCUUGUGCAAAACCUCUGCCUCACCUCCCACAAGACGAAGCACUGCGUCAAGCACCUCAGGAGGCUGCUAGGCACUCGAUGUCAUAGCGCUCUGCUGAUUCACGAAGGUCAUGAAGACGUCAACGAGAAUUUUCGCUGGGCGACUGCGCAUAUUACAGGCGUCAAACGCACUGACGUCGCCGGAGUCAACGCAUACACUUUGCUGAAGCAUCGCAUGGUUAUCAUCACGCUCAAGGCUCUGAAGCAGCUGCUCUUCGAGCUGCACCAGCAGCAGCAACAACGGCUGCCUCGCUACGCUACUCCCGACGGGCGACCUGCCCCUCCGCCUUCGCCUGUUCCUGGCUGGGCGGAUGAAUGGAUUGAAAUCAAGACAAAGGAGCGAGAAGCAAAGUUCGACAGACAAAGGAUUCGUGAACUGGCGACGAAGUGGACGUGGUCAAGUGAACCGAAGGGCCUCUUGAAAGUGCCGCGGUUCGAUCCUCUGCGCGGCUUUCGAGUCGGACGAUUUUCUUCCGAAGAGGUGCCCGAAGCAGGCAGCAAAUAUGAUGAUCUCUAUGCAGAUGAGGAGCCGCUCGAUGAAGACGGCGAGGAUAUGGAAAGGCUCGCAGCCGCGUUGGAGCUUCGAGAGCGCGAGGAAGCCUUGGAUCUCACCGAGUCAAUCACCACUGACUUCCCAUUCAGAGACUCCAGGAACGCCACUGCUGCGACUGUGGGGGAUCAGCAACCCUAG